GUCUACCCGCUGACGUGCAGCAGUAACUCUACUCGCCGGUAGGGGCAUUCCCCACAUAGUUGUCAGACGGGUCGACCUGCUAUUUUAAUGAACUGUUAAUUGGUGGACCUAGAUAAGUGUCAGUUACGUCUUGGGAGGACCGCACGCACAUGUCAACACAAGAUCUAAGGUUCCAGAAGCAUUGAAGCACAAGAAGUGGUGUGACCCAUCAAUAGAUCGAAGUAAGUGUCGUAGAAAGUAGGACAUAGCAACACUCCAGGUCUGAGUGGUCGGGACAACGAAAAUGACAGUCGGCAUGCCGCACCAAGCCUGCUGGACACACUUCCAUCUGUUUCGAAGCCUUUGGCUAUGACUGCACCUUUUGUGGGUUGGAGAAAAACAAUGUUCGGCCGGAGAUUACUUCGGUCGCUUUUCUACGCCAUUCUCCUUUUCGGCAUAUCCUUAAUUGGUCUCGGCUUGGUGUUCGCGUACAACCACACCCGGACAUGGCGACUCGACUCUUUGCAGGUACUUCGUGAGUACCACGGGGUAGUGACGGUGCGCAGGCAGGGCCUGAACCUGACCAGACAUGAACUCAGUCUGACGUAUGACAUUAACCAAACUGUGACAAAGGAGUGGCACUUCAACAUGACGAAUGUCAUGAGAAUACGAAAUAUCACUCAGAAAUAUUUUGACCCAAAACGUCACGUUAUCUACUACUCGGACUAUAACGUCCUCAUGAGGAAAUGUCAACCGCAGUACUUCACACUUCUCAAAGACAGGAGCAGGCGAAUGCCCUGCAACAUUGUACGCACUCCCAUCAAGCACUAUCGGACAUGCGCAGUGGUGGGUAACGGCGGUAUACUUCUCGAUAGCGGCUGUGGUGCUGAGAUAGACGCUCACGAGUUCGUCAUCCGUUCCAACUUGCCGCCAGUCUCACCGUACAGAACGGACGUCGGCAGCAGGACUGACCUGACCACCGUGAAUGAAAAAGUCCUUUCACAGGUCUACAGGGACCUCCUGUCUAAGAACGCGACACUUAAGAAAGCCAUGCUGGAUCGUCUUGGCGAGACCCCUGGAAUGGUCUUGAGCUACACGCUGUACUUCAUUCGGUCUAAGGCGGCAAAGAAGAUGAAGUCUAUAGACAAAGUCAUCCAAAAGAAUAAAUUAACGGCAGUGGUUGCUUUCCCGUACAAGUCAUUCCUACGGAGCAAAGGAGUGUACCAGGAGCUUGUGGGGGAAGAGUGGAACUUCGCCUCAACAGGCCUGAACACCUUCGCCCUGGCCUCCACCUUCUGUGAUAAGAUCUCCAUGUACGGUUUCUACCCCAUGUCUACCUACCAGAACAAAGCCGUUCCCUACCACUACUACGACAGUCGUAUUCCUAGCGCAAGACACGAAUUCGACAACGAGUUCAAGCUGUUAAGGAAUUUUCACGCUCAGGGAAUCAUUAGACACGUAAUUGGAAAAUGUAACAUCGACUGAGAACAUUUAUUGAUAGCAGACGUAGACAGAACCCAACUGAAAAUAACCAUGAUGUGCUUCAAGCCAAAUAAAAAGUUAAUUCCAUAUAUAUAUCGACUGGGUAAGUUAUCGACUUACGCAGGCUACCUCAAAUCAAAGAGAAAGUGUAAGUAUUGUGCGACUCACUGCGCAAAUCGUCGGAAAGAUAACAACAGAAAAGACCUGUAUCUUGUUAUGACAAACCAGACAAAAACAAGGAGAACGAGACGGAAAAACGCUACACAUGUUAGGAACAUAACGUUAUUUGCGUGACAUUAAAUAUUUUAAAUCCAA